UCCUCCUCCUCUCUCUCUCUCUCUCUCUCUCUAGAUCACUUCCGCCUCCUCCACCGCCGCCGCCGCCGCCGCCGCCGUCUCUCCGAUGUGGCCGCGGUGGCGCAAGGGACCCACCGGCCCGCUCGCCUCCCCGACCCACUCCUCCUUCUCUUUCCCAACUCUCAAGGACGUCCACUCCCUCCUCCGAGACGAUGAGGAGAUCUCUGGCGCCGCCGGUAACUCCCCCCGGAGGCCCUCCGUCUUCCACCGCGUCCGGAUCUCCGCCGCCGCCCUCCGCACGUGGCGCACCCUCUCGGACCCGAGCCCCGUGCCGACCGGCCAGGAGAAGCGUAUCGUGCUCUACUACACCAGCCUCCGCGUGAUCCGCAAGACGUUCGAGGACUGCCGCGCCGUGCGGUCGAUCCUCCGUGGGUUCCGCGUGGCCGUCGACGAGCGGGAUGUGGCCAUGGACUCCGGAUUCCUGGCGGAGCUGAAGGGGCUCCUGGGGCGGCAGCGGGGGCAGCGGUUGGGGCUCCCACAGGUGUUCAUCGGGGGGCGGUACGUCGGCGGGGCGGAGGAGAUCUGGCAGCUCCAUGAGUCCGGCGAGCUCAAGAGGUUCGUGGAGGGGGUGGCGCCGGCGGCGCCGGCGGGCUGCGAGCGGUGCGGUGGGGUGGCGUUCGUGCUCUGCGGGAGCUGCGCCGGCAGCCACAAGCGCUACACCGACAAGAAUGGGUUCCGGAUCUGCACGGCCUGCAACGAGAACGGGCUCGUCCGGUGCCCCGAUUGCUGCCCCUCGGCCCUCUGAUCCAGAUCGGAGGCCUCUGAUUGCCGUUCCGAUUUCCUUUUUCUUUCCCUUUUUUCUUUUUUUUCCUGGAGAGCAAGAGAGAGAGGAGGAAACAGGCCGUUGUAGUUCCAACGGUAAUUACCAUUAAUACGUUAACUGUUGGGGUAAUAUUACUGGUUUUGGGUUUUUAUUUGGGAAGUUUAAUUAUUAUGGAGCACUCGUUUCCUCCUCCUCUUGUGUUUGUGUGAAGUGUUAUGCAUGGGAGAUUUGGCAAAUUUUUUUCCCUCUAUUUUCUCCUUGUACAAUGUAGACUCGGAGAGAGGAAUAAGAAACUUUGGAAUGGGCAAACACUUGAGGAAGAUAUUAUAUCAAGAUUAAUAGUG